GGAUGUGCUGCAAAGAGCAGAGGCGGGCGGAGCGGGGCGGGGUAGGACGAGCAGUUGAGAGCGGGGGCGCGCGAGGUGUGCAAGGUGCAGGAUGGAGAGCAGGGGGCACCUGGGUAGGUGAACAGGGACGUGCAACCUAGAGGCUGUGAGGACGGGCUGCCGAAAAGGGGAAUCGAGCGAGCGGGGCCGGCAGGUGGGCGCAUACUGGGAGAGAGAAAGGGCAGAGACUACCUAUAGGUGAAGCCCCACAGCCUUACGCCAGAGAAGACUAGCUACCUGAGCAGCCUGGUAUUUUCCCAGCUUAGCACCUUUGCAUUUGCUGGUGACUUCUGCCUGGUUCCUGUCCACUGAAAAAAAUCGCACAUCUGAGAGCUGUGAGUUCAGUUUUAUUUGGGGACUUAACUGAGGACUCUAGCCCUGGAGACAGCUGCUCUGACAACUCUGAGAAACUGCUUCUGCUUGGAAGAGAUUUGUGAAAUAGUGUGACCCUGCUUGACGUUUUCCAAACCCACCAGGAUGGAAACCGAAUACCUGAAGAGGUGCUUUGGAAAUUGCCUGGCUCAGGCGCUGGCAGAAGUGGCAAAGGUUCAGCCCAGUGACCCCAUAGAGUACCUGGCUCACUGGCUUUAUCAUUACAAGAAAACGGCAAUGGCAAAAGAAAAGGAUAGGCAAGAGAAGAUCCAGCUGCAAGAAGAAUAUGAAAAUAGCCUCAAAGAAACCAGAGUGACAGAAACGCUGAUGCAAGAAGAGUGUGAGAUUCAACAGAAGUGUGAAAAGUGUCAUCCCGUGCCACUGAUAUCUGUAGCGAGUUCCACAAAGAAGACCGUGUUCAUGCAGGAGAACACAAAACCCCUUGAGAAGGAAGCCUUGAAGCAGGAAUCCCUGCCAGGAACUUGCAGUAUGAUUCCAGGAAUGCCUCAACAGAUUCCUUCUUCAGAGCCAUCUGUCCAGGUUGACUGGAACAUUGAAACUUCACAAGACAUAAAUUACCAGGCUUUUUAGCAUGAAAUUGCUCCUGAAAUGCAUCCUAGCUCCACAUCUCCUCCCUGGGUUAUAGAAGGUGGAUGAUUCUAGUGAUGCUUCUCUCAAAGCUGCAAGCUGAGAAAACGGCCAGCUAGAAGAGCUCUUACUUGAAGAUGAUUAACUAUGUGGAUUAAACCAAGAUAUGAGAGGCUGUGGAAGGAGAUGUCUGCAGGGACUCUCCAGCCCAAGUCCUGUCCUGACAGCCAUGAAAACCCCUUAAUCAUGUGAAGAUUUGAACUACUUAUAGGAUAAAAUAACUCAUAAUAAGGAUUUAAAAUAAGUAACCAGGGCCUCCCUGGUGGCGCAGUGGUUAAGAAUCCUCCUGCCAAUGCGGGGGACAUGGGUUCAAGCCCUGGUCCAGGAAGAUCCCACAUGCGUGGAGCAACUAAGCCUGUGCGCCACAACUACUGAGCCUGCGCUCUAGAGCCCGUGUGUCACAACUGCUGAGCCCACAUGCCACAGCUACUGAAGCCCGUGUGCCAAGAGCCCAUCCUCUGCAACAAGAGAAGCCACGACAAUGAGAAGCCCGCGCACCGCAACGAAGAGUAGCUCCCAUUCGCCACAACUAGAGAAAGCCCACGCGCAGCAAUGAAGACCCAA